UCUGACUAGCUGACUAUGAAAAUCAACCCUAAUCACACUAAAAAUUUGUCUGCAUCACAUUUCAUCAAAUUUUCUAUGUCAAGCCACAUCAUGUUAGAAAAAUCCAUUCUGCUGUUGUCUCUUCAGAUAAGUCUCCUGGGAAUCACUCUUGGUGGGAAUGUUCUGAUUUGGCCAGUGGACGGUAGUCACUGGCUAAAUAUUAAGAUAAUUAUAGAUGAGCUGAUCAACAAACAGCAUAAUGUGACUGUCCUAGUUUCUUCUGGUGCAUUUCACAUCAAGCCCAUCUCUAACCCAUACUUGACAUAUGAAAGAUAUAAGGUGCCCUUUGAGGAUGAAAAAUUGCAAGAAGUGGUCAGGAAUUUAAUUUUGGCAUGGAUGAAAAAUAAACCAACUCCUUCAACCAUUUGGAGAUUCUAUCAGGAAAUUGACCUACCCAUCAAGGACUUCAAUGUGCUGAAUAGAGAAAUGUGUGAUGGUGUUCUCAAAAACCAAAAGCUGAUGAAAAAGCUGAAGAAAAGCAAAUUUGAGGUCCUGGUAUCAGAUCCAAUAUUUCCUUGUGGUGAUAUAAUAGCUUUAAAACUUGGCAUUCCAUUUAUGUACUCCUUGAAGUAUUAUCCAGCAUCGACAGUGGAAAAACAUUGUGGGAAGACACCAUAUCCUCCUUCCUAUGUUCCUGCUGUUUUAUCAGAACUCACCGAUCAGAUGUCUUUUACUGACAGAAUAAGAAAUUUCAUUUCCUACCAUCUACAGGACUACAUGUUUAAUACUCUUUGGAAAUCGUGGGAUGCCUAUUAUAGUGAAGCUUUGGAUGGUAGCCAUUGGUUAAAUAUUAAGAUCAUUCUAGAAGAGUUAACUCAAAGAAAUCACAGUGUGACCGUACUGGCUUCAACAGCAACUUUAUUCAUCAACUCCAGUCUUGAUUCUCCUAUAAAUUUUGAGGAGAUACCUGUUUCCUUCACAAAGAAUGAUAUAGAUUCCUUAAUUGAACAUAUGGUCAUGCUGUGGACAAACCAUAGACCAACUCCUCUCACACUCUGGACUUUCUACAAGGAACUAGGAAAACUACUAGAUACCUUUUUUCAAAUUAACAUACAAAUUUGUGAUGGAGUAUUAAAUAACCCCAAGUUAAUGUCAAGACUUCAGGAAGGUAGUUUUGAUGUGUUAGUAGCCGACCCAGUAACCAUCUGUGGCGACCUGGUUGCUCUGAAAUUAGGAAUCCCAUUUAUGUACACAUUGAGGUUCUCUCCAGCCUCAACAGUAGAGAGACACUGUGGGAAAAUCCCUGCACCUGCCUCCUAUGUGCCUGCAGCCUUGUCAGAGCUCACCGACCGGAUGACCUUUGGUGAAAGGGUUAAAAAUUCCAUAUCUUAUCCUCUGCAAGACUACAUAUUUCAGUCCUACUGGGGAGAAUGGAAUGUGUAUUACAGCAAAGUUCUAGGAAGACCCACUACGUUAUGUGAAACUAUGGGGAAAGCAGAAAUUUGGCUAUUGAGGACAUAUUGGGAUUUUGAAUUUCCUCGUCCAUACUUACCUAAUUUUGAGUUUGUAGGAGGAUUGCAUUGUAAACCUGCCAAACCCUUGCCUAAGGAAAUUGAAGAAUUUGUCCAAAGUUCAGGUGAACAUGGUAUUGUAGUGUUCUCUCUGGGGUCAAUGGUCAGAAACCUCACGGAAGAAAAAGCCAAUCUCAUUGCCUCAGGCCUUGCUCAGAUUCCACAGAAGGUUUUAUGGAGAUACCAAGGAAAGAAGCCAGACACGUUAGCAGCCAAUACUCGGAUCUAUGACUGGAUUCCCCAGAAUGAUCUUCUUGGUCAUCCCAAAACAAAAGCUUUUAUCACUCAUGGUGGAACAAAUGGGAUCUACGAAAGUAUUUAUCAUGGGGUCCCUAUGGUGGGAGUUCCCAUGUUUGCUGAUCAGCAUGAUAACAUUGCUCACAUGAAGGCCAAAGGAGCGGCUGUGGAGGUGAACAUGCACACAAUGACAAGUGCUGAGUUGCGUGAUGCCUUGAAAACAGUCAUUUAUGAACCUUCUUAUAAAGAGAAUGCUAUGAGGUUAUCAAGAAUUCACCACGAUCAACCUGUAAAACCCUUGGAUCGAGCGGUCUUCUGGAUCGAGUUUGUCAUGCGUCACAAAGGAGCCAAACACCUGCGGCCAGCUGCUCACAACCUCACCUGGUUCCAGUACCACUCUUUGGAUGUGAUUGGGUUCCUGCUGGCCUGUAUGGCAACUGUUAUAUUUUUGGUCACAAAAUGUUGUUUAUUUUCUUGUCGAAAAUUUGGUAGAACAGGAAAGAAGAAAAAGAGGGAGUAAACCAUUCUAAGGGUGGUAAAGGUCUGAAUGGGCAAUGCUGUUCAGUUUAGCCACAAUGACCUUCAUGAAAACAUAUUAUCUCCAUCAUGUCUUCAAAUUGUUCAUUCCUCUACCUUAGCUUACAGAUAAAGCCUAGAAUUUGACAAUACUGUUAUUAGUGAGCAUAUCCUGUUCUUCUUUUGUCUUUUGCCAGAUGACUUUAACCUCUUUCUCUCACUUUCCUAAUAUAGGGACACUAAUAGUUUUAUACAGAAUCUAUACAAAAUAUUAUUUUUAUUUUUCGAACCGAAAUGGUAUGCUGACUAACAAUAUGCUAAAUCCUGGGGAACACACAAAAUGAGAGCUAAAUAUGAUGGAUGUAGGAAACACAGAAUAACAAAAUUCAUUUAUAACAUACAAAUCAGGGAAACAUCAUAGAAGAUUAGUAUAUUAUAAGAAUAGUAUUGAUUUUUUUUCCUGCUUUCCCAAUGUUACUGGAGUCAGAGCAUGAAAUGAUAAUAGCUGGAAUGGCACAGGCACUAAGAUAGUUCUAUGACUUUUCACUGAACACAUGAAUAAUCAUGGCUCAUAUUCCACCUUUAGUCAAUAAGUAUAUUGGGUACCUUCUAGUACAAGGGCCUCAAAAAGAUCAAUUAGUCAUAUUUUCUCAAGGUCAGUAUGUAGCAAUAUAUUAAAGGUAAGCAGAUCACUUUUAGAGGGAAUAACAAUACUAAGUAUGGAUAAUUUAGUAAUUUUAUAAAAUGUUUAAUUAACAGUAUAACUAAUAAAGAAGUCAAAUGUCAAUUUAUUAUAUUUAAAAAUCACUAAUGCUCAUAAUCUACUAGUAUAAUCACUAUAACCAAAGGUUUAAUUUUCUCAACAAAACAAACAUUUACUUGGAAUGUAAGAUCAUUAUAUUAUGUUUUAGUCUCAAUCAUCUGCAAAUUUAAAUUCAUCAAUUAAUUGUUAUGCCAAGAAGAUAUUAGAAGAUCUCAUUGAACAAAAAUGUUAUAGUAGAUAGUUAUCAAUGCAAAAACUAAUUAAGGCAAAUGUUCAUAUUUGAA